AACGGUAGCGUUAGAUGUCUAAAAACAAAUCUAAAAAAAUAAAAUAGAAUUAAAUGUAAAUUAAGAAAACUCAAGUGCUUUUCUAUUUCUAGUUAGUUUCAUUGUCUUUAUUGUAUUUUUUUUUUAUAUAAUAUAAAAUAUAAAAUAAAGGGAAGAAGAAUCGAUUCUGGGUUUGUUUAAUUGUAGCAGAUCCGAAGAGAACGAGCUUGAUCGGAGCUGAGAUCUAUUUCAUCCCAUUUCAAUCGGAGAAGAUGAAUAUAUUCAGAUUCGCCGGUGAUAUGACCCACUUGGCGAGCGUCCUCGUCUUGCUUCUCAAGAUCCACACUAUCAAAUCCUGUGCUGGUGUUUCAUUGAAAACUCAAGAACUGUAUGCCAUUGUUUUUGCUACUCGUUACUUGGAUAUCUUUACGGAUUUCAUAUCUCUAUACAAUACCUUUAUGAAAUUGGUAUUCUUGGGGAGCUCAUUUUCGAUUGUUUGGUACAUGAGGAGCCAUAAGAUUGUACGUAGGUCUUAUGAUAAAGACCAAGAUACAUUUCGCCAUUACUUCCUCAUUGUGCCAUGCUUACUCUUGGCCAUGAUCAUUAAUGAGAAGUUCACCUUUAGAGAGGUUUUGUGGACAUUUUCAUUGUUCUUAGAAGCUGUUGCUAUUCUUCCUCAACUGGUGUUGUUACAGAGAACAAGAAAUAUUGACAACUUGACUGGGCAAUAUAUAUUCCUUCUUGGGGCAUACCGAGCAUUCUACAUUUUCAACUGGAUUUACCGCUACUUCACUGAGCCACACUAUGUUCACUGGAUUCCUUGGAUUGCAGGGCUCCUCCAAACACUGCUAUAUGGAGAUUUCUUCUAUUAUUAUUUCCACAGCUGGAAGAACAAUAAAAAGCUUCAGUUACCAGCUUGAACACCGUUUAACCUUCCAUCGUCCGGUCCAAUGUGGCAGUGCAAAGCUUAAUAUGGAGGAUUUCAUCCAAUGCUUGUGGCAAAACUGCAUUUUCUCUUGCACCCUUUUUGCUAGUGUCUCUCACUCUGUUUUUUUUUUGCCUGUUUCACAUGAUUUCUUCUCGAAGUAACAACUGUUAUAUGUUACUUGGGAGUGUAUAUGACCCAAAUGUGAAACUGUCCCAGUCAUGAAUUUUCAGUACAAUUUAUAGGUGCCCAGAUAUCAUUUUUUUUCAAACAUAUACAGUGUAAGUGUUGUUUGUUUUAAGUUUUCAUGAUAAUAUUUUUAGAAAA